CCGAUACACACUCAGCGACAUAAUUCUGGAUGCAGAAACUGUUGCGUUCGGGCUUCGCACAAAGCUUGCAUUGGACAGCAGCAAACAGCGGCGGCCUGAGCCGAUUGCUUUCUAUUUAUAGAGCAACGUUUUUAGGUGGCAGGCAAGCAUGACCUCCGUGGAAGAGGCCCUUCCGCACGCGCUGCUGCGGCUGUUCCCGGGCACGGAGGCGGCCAACCCGGCCAACUACCUGCGCCGCCGCAUCGCGUUGUGGCUCGCCGCCAGCCCUGACCAGGGCCGCGGCCUGGGCCCCCACACCGCGCAGCUCUCCAACGUGGCGAACUACUUGCGGAACGAGGAGGGGGCGCUGUGGAUGAACGCCAAGCUGCAGCUCCCAAAGCUCAAGCCGCUCUUGUUCGAGGCCGAGGCCCGCGGCGUGUUCCUGUACAGCUGCGUCGCCGGUGGGGAAAGCACUCCAGCUCCUCCUGCUGCCACUGCAGCUAGCUUUGUGGCUAAGGCUGGGGAUGACGGCGGCUGGGUCACCGUCGGAGCUGGUAAAGGCGCUGCCACAGCUGAUGCGGGGGCAAGCGGCGGCAGCCGUCACCGGUGGGCCGGGGGCGGCCGCAGUAACGGGGGCCGCGACGCGCACCUGUCAUGCCGGCGGGAGUUAGUGCAGCUAGACAUGGGGGUGAUGUGGCGUGCGGCUCAAAUGGCCCCAAAGGCGGCGGCACCAGGACCGCCAGCAGCUUCGCACACAGGCGCCAGUGCUGGUGGCGGCAGUUGUAACGGCGAUUGCAAGGGCGGCGACGGUCGCUGCAUUCCGGCUGCGCCCGGGCUGGCAGGGCAUUCAGGCAACGGGCAAGUGAUGAGUCUGCAGGCGGCACCGCACGCCGGCGUAGGACCCAGUAGCAGCUGCAGCGGCGACAGCAGCUGCGUCGCUGAGAGCAGCGGCCUCAGCCCCGGCGGCAAUAGCAUCGCCAGCAACGGCAAGGGCAUGAGCUGGGCUGCAAUCGCGGCAACUGCGCGGCCCGAGCGCUUUGAUACAGCAGCAGCGACAGCAACAGUUGCGCCGAUGCGCCUGCCCGCGGCGGCGGGAUCCCUGCCCAGGGUUAUCACAGUGGCCAGGCACGCGCUGGCAGCGGCGCGUCCCAGGGAGUGGAGCACCGCCGCUACCAGCAUCAGCACGGGGCCCAGCGGCAAGGGCGCCGCAGCCGCGGGGGGAACGAUAGGUAUUGCUAAUGCUGCCGUACUCCGCAACGCGCUGCUGCAGCUGUUCCCGGGCACGGAGGCGGCCAACCCGGCCAACUACCUGCGCCGCCGCAUCGCGCUGUGGCUCGCCGCCAGCCCUGACCAGGGCCGCGGCCUGGGCCCCCGCACCGCGCGGCUCUCCAACGUGGCGAACUACUUGCGGAACGAGGAGGGGGCACUGUGGAUGAACGCCAAGCUGCAGCUCCCAAAGCUCAAGCCGCUCUUGUUCGAGGCUGAGGCCCGCGGCGUGUUCAUGUACAGCUGCGUCGCGGGUGGGGGCAGCGGUGGCGCGGCCGCGGGCCGCGGCGCCAGUCGGCAGGAGCUCGUGCAGCUGGAAGUUGCCGCGGUGAUGGGAGGCGGCAGCGCCAAAGCGGGUGGCAAUGCCGUAGUGGCGCCGGAGCUCGCGGCGCCGGGGCCGAAACCGGUCGCCACGCACACCAGCGAGGGCAGCCGGCCUGGCGCGGCAGCAACAACGGCAGCCGGUCACGAGGUGUGUGCGCCGGCCGACACGCUGGCGUCGGGGCUGGCAAGCCCGAGCGCAUCCUUCGACGCGGAUUGGGAGGAGGCAACAGCAGACGCGGCGCCGGCUGCUGGCAGCGGCGCGGCAGGCUCCUCAGCGGGCGCCUCCAGCGCAGCAGCAGCACUACUGCCGUACGUUCUGCCGCGUGCUGCGGAGAUUUGCGUGGUGGCUGACGCUUACAGCCCCGAGCUUAUUGCCAUGCUGCAGCACUGCGGCUGCUGCACACGCAUCGGGCUUGCGGCACAGGCGCACGGCGACUGCCCGACGCUGGUGUCGCUGUACGCACCGCCGGCGCUCAUGCGGCUCGAGCCAGUGGAGGGAUGCGAGGAGACGGUAGUGCAGUGGCCGGCUGCUGUGUACCUGGUCGAUCCGCUGGCGGCGGCCGCGUCCUACGGCGGCAGCGCGGACGGCGACUUUGCGGCGGCGGCGCUGCUCUGCAGCCUGCAGCCGCUGCUGGAGGAGCAGUCGGUGGCCAAGGUGGUGCACGGUGGGGACCGCAGCUGCGGCGGUGGCCGCGCCCUGGCGUGCCUGCAGGCGGCGAUAGGUGCCUUCACCGGCGGCGCUGCGAGUAGCGGCGGCAGGGACGGAAGCGGGGUCUUCAGCAUUCAACCGUUGCUCGAUACCCGUGACGGGCUGGCUGCGCUUGAGGUCAGCCUGGGCCUGCCGCAUGCGGCUAGUGACAGUGAUGUGCCGCCGCAGAUGCCGGGUGCCUCAUUCGACAGUGCUGCUUCUCACGCUGACUCUAGUGCGGCAGUCGCGUGGCUGCGCGGCCUGCAUGCGCACGUGUCCCGGCUGCGUGACGCGCUGGCGGGCACGGGGCUGUGGGCGGACCGGCCGCAGCUGCUGGCGGCGCUGACGGCCCGUCACUUUGCGGCGCUGCGGGAGGACGCCCAGGCGGCGCUGGGGGCAGCUGGAGGGGAUGAGGACGCGGCUGCCCGUGUUCUGACGCGGCCGCUGGGCCCGAGCCAACUGGAGGUGGCGGCGCGGGCGGCACGGCACCUGCCCGAGCUGUGGGCGGCGCUUGAAGCAGCUCUGUUGAGGCCAUAGGAGCAGGUAGAAGCGCAACGUAGUCGCCAUUUCACCACGUUCGACGACAACCUACCUGUCAUAGGGCAUAUGUUGUGCAUCGGGUAGCAAAAGCAAUGGGGCACACAUAGGGGCUAACUUGCCACCAUUGUUGGAUGAGGAUGAAAAGGCAGCAGACGAGCAGGUGGUCGCGUCGCGUGGAGAGGCAUGUGAGCGCAAUGGACGGCGAUGGGAAGUCGUGGGAGGCAUGAGGAAGGAUGCCAUGCUACGGCGGUGGCGUGCGUUACGAAACAGCGUGAAGCGCAUACCGAACGUGCAUGGGAUGAGUGCGCCAUGGGGUCAUCCAGUUGGGACGGGGGAAGGACCGGCCUGAGCCGUGGGUGAACCGGUGGAGUGCGGUGGGCAGGGAAAAUUCAGGUUCAGGUUUUAACUCACUUUCAGGCUCACGGGGAGGAGAGGGGAGCCGCAGCUGGCUUUCCCUCAGAGGCUGAGGUUAAGAUACAGCCGAUUUGGGUACCGACAGGGAAUUAAGAGUGAGAGACAGGACGGGGUUGGGGGUUUCGGAGGAGGGCAGGUGAAGGAUGAGCAGCAGCAGGGAGCGGGCGCGGCAUGCUAACGGGCUAAACAUGUUUGGCAGAGGGCCACAUUCCAUGGGUACGAAUGUACGAUGUGGACCCUUAUGGACCCUGUGAACCGCCGCAUGGCCACCAUCACGCUGCUCGAGUGUGCGGAACAAGAGGCAGCGGAGGGAACGCAGCAGCACGAGGAUCCCCCUGCACCACUAGAGAUCGCCAAGGCUGAAGCGGUGACAGGGUUUUGGAGGAGGCUGUACGACUUCGCGGGGCUAGGGGUGCCGAGGAAGGGAUGGCGCGAGGUUGGGCCGGCACAUCCCCUGCUGGCGGUGCAAGGGGGCCGCAUCAGGGUGCAGUGGGAAGAGUAGGAGGAAACUUUAUGAGGCACGUGCUCAGACCCCCAACCACUGAAACAUAGCGGCAGGGGCAAGGGAAGGGGACCGCGGCGAGGAGGACGCGUGAGGUGACGGCGAGCGGUGGAGGAGGUAAGGGUUGGUUGCGUUGGUGGGCACUUCCGGGAACCUAGUCGAAUAGCGUAUUAGGAAGGGGGGGGGGGGAGUGCAGGGCGGAGGGCGGAGGAGGUAGCGUGGGGGAGAUAUGCAUUGUGAUGAGCGAGGCUUGACGAGUAGGCCCUUGGUCGCCAGUCAAGCGCAAACAAACUUGAUGCACACAUACCUGCUCCAUAUUCAGACUUGUAUCACUCAGGCUUAUGCGCUAUGCACUGACAUUGCAUGCUAUCCAUUUUUGCCGGUUUGUCUGUGGGCAUGUACCAAUUGCUUGAAUGCGAGUUCUGAUUUUGACUGAUUUCGAGGCCGUAUCUCCUUUCU